AUGGGCAGCUCUUCGGGAAGAUUCCUUGUUCUGCUCAACAGUGUAGCUGGGGCGGUACAGCUCACCGAGAGGACCUGGGCCAGCCGAGUAGCAGGCAAGACGGUCUUCGUAAACUUUCACACGGAGUGGUGCAACCACUGCAAGAUGCUUAAGCCGACGUGGGACAAGCUGGCAAAUGCUAACUUCAAGUUCAAGGAGAAGGGCAGGAAGAAGUCCACCUUAGUCGCAAGCGUGGACUGCUCUGGUGAGGCAUCCCGAUUCUGUUUGGAAUUCGGGGUGGAUAAGUUUCCAACUCUGAAGUACGGGAAUCCGUAUGAUCUGGAUGACUACACCGGCAAGAAGGAGCUUCGGGAUUUGGAGAAUUUCGUCACCUCCCAGCUUCGCCCUGUCUGCACAGUGGACGAUCAAAGACAUUGCUCUGCUGCCGAGAAGUCUCUCAUCAAGGACUUCCAGAUGAAAAGCAUACCUGACCUCGACAAAAUUGUCGAGCAGCUCGCCGAAGAACGGAAGAGCGUAGAAACGGAGUUCAGCUUGUUCAAAGGAAACUUGCUGGGCACGUUGACCAAGGCUGGCCAGCAAAAGGACAAGGACGUGAGCGCAGCCAGCGCGGAACAGAAAGAGCAGAUUGAGACAGAAUUCCGAAGGUUUGUGGAUGGCCUCACAGAGCAGCACAAUGCCAAAGAAGAAGAGAAGAAGGUCGCCCUGGCCAAGCUGAAGUCAAAAGGUCUGGGCUUGGCGAGAAACGUUCAGGCCAACAGGAAGCCUCGACUGGAACUCUGA